AUGUCGAAAGCAGACAAGCGUAACAAGUUCCUCGCCGUAUUCGAGCGCAUCCGCGAGGAACUUAUUGCCCAUAUGAAAUCAGAGAAAAUGCCAGAGGACGCUGUGACGUGGUUCAACGAGAGUCUCAUUUACAACGUUCCAGGAGGAAAACUCAAUCGCGGCAUAUCCGUUGUCGAUACCGUCACUAUACUUCUCAACCGACAUCUAACUGAUGACGAGUACUUCAAAGCCGCCCUGACUCGGAUUGGUGCAUCGAACUCGUACCUACAAGCCUUCUUCCUCGUCUCCGAUGACAUGAUGGAUGGUUCCAUUUCGCGGCGCGGUCAACCUUGUUGGUACCGCGUCCAUGAUGUCAAGGGCCUCGGAAAAGUCCACAAUGUUGCCAUCAACGAUUCGUUCAUGCUCGAGGGUGCAAUUUACCACCUCCUGAAAACCCACUUCAGGCGAGAGAGCUACUAUGUAGAUCUGUUGGAGCUGUUCCAAGAGGUCACGUACAAAACCGAAAUGGGCCAGCUCGUCGAUUUGAUCACUGCCCCAGAAGAUAACAUCGAUAUUCGCAAAUACAACCUUGACAAACAUACCUUCAUUGUGCGGUAUAAGACCGCAUUCUACUCUUUCUACCUCAGCGUCGCGCUCGCCAUGCGUAUGUGUGGUGUUCCAGACGUGUACGAGCUCAACGGAAAGACCAUCGAGCCGUACAAAGAGGCAGACCGCAUUCUCAUUCCUAUGGGCGAGUUCUUCCAGGUGCAAGACGAUUACCUAGACUACCACGGCACCGAGGCAGAAAUUGGCAAAAUUGGCACGGACAUCGUCGAUGGCAAAUGUUCCUGGUGUGUGUGCACAGCACUCACGUAUGGUACCGAAGCGCAGAAACAGCUCUUGUAUGAGAACUAUGGGAAGAAGGGCGCAGAUCAGGCUGUGCGGGAGCAAGCUGUGAAGGACAUGUACAACGACGAGCAGGGGCUGAACAUUCCCAGACGCUAUGAGGAGUAUCAGAAGAAGGCGGUGGCGGAGAUCAAUGCGAUGAUUGAUCAGGUCCCUGAACCUGCUGCGCACGAGGUGGUCAAGGGUAACAGGUUGAGACGCGACGCGUUCCGCGCCUUCUUGAGCAAGAUCACUGAUCGCAAAGCGUAG